AAAGAUAGACAAUGUGCCUCUUAUUUCCUUUUGGAGGGUUGUUUCCUUCAUUUUAUUUUAUAUAAUGAUGUUCUUAAUAGGUUCUUUCAUUUGUGGCUUAGGGAAGCUUCAUUAGGGCGAAAGAAGACAAGAUGCGGUGUCCAAAUGGACCAAUCCUAACCGUAUCUCUGUCUGAAGGAUAUGCUGGUAUAUUCCGUUAACUCAUCAGUAAAUAGCAGAAUUAUUGAAAAAAGGAUUUAGAUUGAAGAGUGUGCAUUGCACUGAGCGUGUGUAGUAGAGAGAGCUUACAUCAUUCUUGUUUCCAUUACCAAUUUACCAUCAACGAGGCAAUGGCUGACACUGCUGCAGAUUCCCUCUCCGACUUCCUCGCAUCUGCCGUCGACGCUGCUCGCAAAGCCGGCGAGAUUAUUCGGAAAGGAUUCUAUCAGACCAAACACGUCGAGCACAAAGGACAGGUUGAUUUGGUCACAGAAACUGAUAAAGCAUGUGAAGAUCUCAUAUUCAAUCAUCUUAAGAACCUUUACCCCACUCAUAAGUUCAUAGGGGAGGAAACCACGGCUGCAUGUGGCACUACCGAACUUACAGAUGAACCCACAUGGAUAGUUGAUCCUUUGGAUGGAACUACGAACUUUGUUCAUGGGUUUCCUUUUGUUUGUGUCUCCAUUGGUCUUACAAUUGGAAAAGUUCCUACUGUAGGUGUUGUUUACAAUCCGAUUAUUGAUGAGCUUUUCACUGGAGUCCAUGGGAAAGGUGCCUUUUUGAAUGGGAAGCCCAUAAAAGUAUCAACAAAAACUGAUCUAAUAAGCUCUCUUCUUGCAACUGAGGCUGGAACAAAACGUGACAAAGUAACAUUAGACGCCUCUACCAAAAGGAUUAAUAGCUUGCUUUCCAAGGUGAGAUCUCUUCGAAUGAGUGGCUCAUGUGCUCUGAAUCUUUGUGGAAUUGCAUGUGGAAGGCUGGAUGUAUUCUAUGAAACUGGCUUUGGUGGUCCUUGGGAUGUGGCAGGUGGUGCUGUCAUUGUUACAGAAGCUGGAGGUGUUGUAUUUGAUCCUUCUGGUGCAGAAUUUGAUGUAACAGCUCAGCGGGUAGCAGCUUCAAACCCUUCCUUGAAGGAUGCAUUUGUUGAAGCACUGCGCCAAACAGAGUGAGACAUUUACCAUUUAGUCAAAGGACGAGGAAAAAUGCCAUCCAUCCGUACAAAUAAAUCCUUGUUCCUUGUUUAGUUCAUCACUUUUUGCAAAAAUAAUUCUUAGUGGGGAUGACUCAAUUUUCUAAUUGCUUUUGUAGCUUCACCAAAAUUAUAAUAUACUAUUAUACUCUGCAUCUUUAGAAAUACAACUCCUCUGUUUCGUGUAUUCAACCAAUGAAAGUUUAGCACGUAAGACAAGUGCACCAUUGGUAUAAAAACAAAGACAAAUGUCAGGAAAAAUUGCUA